GCAUUAAAUUGUCGGUAAAUGGACGCCGUGGUUUUUUGGGGUGAAUGUUCUGUAGACUAUUGAAAACAUGAAGUUAUACUUUUGUUUUAAUGUAGGUUUGUGAAGUGUUUUGAUAAUGGAGUGAAGGAGCGUAUGUAUUUAAUUCAGAAAGGAAGUAAUUUUAACUAUAUUGUACGUAUUCCAACAGUUCAGAAUCGUAUGUGACAUUAAUGUCACGUGCUUCUGUUGACAUUCGCUCCAAAUUCUGUGGACGUUGUAACCGCGUGAUUAUAUGAAUUCAGUGCACUGUCGUGUAAUAGUUACAGUGUGGGAUUUGAAAUUGUCAUCAAAAAAAUACCUUUAUUCCAAUAAGACAGACGCUAUGAAAUAUGGAUUAGAUCACCCAUACAAGAGCGGUAUCUUGAAAUUUCAUUUGAUCCAAGCACAGGGCAAUGCGAGCCGCGUCCUCGGCGCGUCUGAAGGCGUCCACGUCCAGCAGCAGCAGCACACUGACGGCUAGGGCUGCCUCCAGGCCCUCCGCACCACCCUCCAGACUGCGAGGCGGCACUUCGGUCAACAGUAGGGGCAAGACCCCUCGUGUAGUGGGCCGAACACCCCCCGUUUCCAGACUCCUUAGACAGGGCCCUGGGGGCGGCGGCAAGGGCCUCCACCAGAACGGCAAGAGGGGGGCUACCCCCCACCAGCAGCAACAGCAGCAGCCAUUGCGUGGAGCUGGUUCUGUCAGUAGUCUGGACAGUAAGCACCACAAAGUGUCAUCGUCCAGCAAGUCUGUUGAUGGUGCCAUGGUGGAACUAGAAACUGUACAGCAGGAACUGGAACGCAUCACGCAAGAGAAACUUGCCCUGGAGGACAAAGUGAUGGAGCUGACAAAGUACGAGGGUGAGGUUAUGGCUCUCCGCAGUGAAGUGCAGAAGCUGCAGGACCAGCAAACGGAACUUGAGCAGCUGAAUGCAGAGAACAGUUCUCUGCGAGCUCGUCUUCACAACGUGGCCCAUUCGCCCCUGUCAGACUCUGAGAAGGAACAGCUUCUGCUGGCCACCACAGGUCGGCAGCACAGUUCAGCACCUGCCUCCAUGAUGGCCACAGACUUACAGGGUGACAUCACCCUGGCAGACACCUCUUGCUCCACCCCAGACUGGGAUAAACAGUCCAACAGCAGCCUAAGUGAAGUGUCGGUAGCCUGUCUCCAGGACCGCAUCAUGCAGAUGGAGGAGACUCAUUACAGCACGAAUGAGGAGCUGCAGGCAACACUGCAAGAGUUGGCAGACCUGCAGGUCCAGCUGACAGAGCUUCAGGCCGACAAUGAGAGACUGACAGAAGAAAAGAGUGUGUUGCUGGAGUCCUUGUGCAGACAGACCGAGAAACUGGAGGACAGCCGCACCAAAGUUGACACGCUGCAGGAGUUAUUGCUGCACCAUGACCAGGUUGAAUGUUGCACAGAGCGUGAGCAGAAACUGGUCGAGCUUCUCAAGAGUGCACAGGAAGAGCGAGAGUCGCUGUUACUAAAACUUGAGGACCUCACCAGUCAGCUCACAGACUUGCGACAGUCAGCUGACCUGCAGGCAGAAGAUGCGGGCCGGUUGGCAGACACGGUGCGGCUGCUGGAAUCUACAGUGGAUGCGACACAUGCUGAACGCAAGCAGCUGGAUCAGGAGCUGGCCCUAGCUAAAGAAGAGAGCUCAUCGCGUAGUAUUGAGAUCAGCCGCCUCACCACGCUGCUUGACAAUGCGAGGGCGAAGAUAGAGGAGUUGGAGCAAGCUCGGGAGCUGGGUGACAAGACAGAGUUGGAUGAACUGCUGGACAAUGCCCGCAAAGAAAAGGAUGCAUUGGAAAGUCAGGUGGCCCUGCUGCAGGAACAGCUGUCUCGCAGCCAGUGUGAGACGGCUCGUCUGCGGGACCAGCUCGUACACCUGCAGGAGGAGUGCAAGGUGAUGCGCAACAAUGCCAAGUCUGCUGUCAGUGACCUGGAGUAUCAGUGCAGCAUGGUGCUGCAGGAGAAGCAGCAGCUGACAGGAGAGCUUCAGGUCCUGCAGGAAACAGUAGCUGAGCUACAGGUGCAAUGUCAGUGCCAUCUGGAGGACAAACGCCAGCUCAAAGCUGUCCUGUCGGAAACACAGCGGCAUCUGGGAGAUGUGGAGCACAGGCUGGCAGAACAGGAGCAGGCACUAGCUAACGAGAAGAGGCUGCGGUCAAAGGAGUGCACAGAAUGGGACCAGUUCCAGUCAGACCUGCUGAUGACUGUUCGCGUGGCCAAUGACUUCAAGACGGAGGCGCAGCAGGAGCUAGAGAAAUUGGUCCUGGAGAACAAGAGUCUGCGAGACAAGUUGCGUGGUCUGGAGGCUCAGAUUGAUAAGCUGAAAGCAUCACAGAAACACCCAACUGUAGUGUCUUCUGGGCCAGCCGUGGCAACACAGUUUCCUGUAGUGACGACAGACUCCAGUAGCUCUCUCAUAACUUCAGUGCAGCAAGAAAUGGCAGCAGUACGACGGCAGCACAAGGCGGGUGUCUCGCGUCAAGAUAGCCGCCUGUCUGUUAAGUCUCUUAUUGAGAGUAUCGAGAACGCUACCAAGCAGGCCAAGGCAGGUCCUGGCAGUCGCAGCAGCUCCACGUCAAGUCUGAGCAGUAUUGCCAGUGGGGCUCCUCCAACACCCACGUCCCCUCGGCGGCGGCUGGCAACUGAGCCACUAGACAGUACAACAAAGACACCGUUGAGGGACCAACAGCAAGCCAACAACCAAGUAAACAACAGUGGUACCAAUAGCAGCAGCACUAUUUCCAACAAGCUGCAGCCCCUGCGCAAGAACACACUUGCAGACAAGACGAGCCUGACCCACGAUGAGGAUGUGUCUGCACCCAGCCCUGUUUCCAUCCUCACAAACAGGACCAUGGACCUGGUUCACAGAAACAGCUAUGGAGACUUAAGUGAACGAAAGGAUCCACUGAGUGCUUUAGUGAAAAAUGGUGGCUCAAAACGCAAUGCGUUGUUGAAGUGGUGCCAGAAUAAAACGGUUGGCUACCGGAACAUUGACAUCACCAACUUCAGUAGCAGCUGGAAUGAUGGGCUUGCUCUCUGUGCCAUUCUACACUCCUACCUGCCUGAAAGGGUGCCUUAUGACUCCCUCACCCCCAGUGAGAAACGGCGCAACUUCACCAUUGCAUUUGCAGCGGCUGAAUCUGUCGGAAUUCCUACAACACUUAAUGUGACAGACAUGAUCCAGCUGGAACGUCCUGACUGGCAGCAGGUGAUGGCCUAUGUGACAGCCAUUUACAAACACUUUGAGACUUGAAGGACAGAAUAGCCACUGCCUGCUCAUCUAGUCAGCAUUCGAUGCUGUGUACAAAUACUAUUUAUUGCUUGCUGUUUUAGUUCCUACUCAUUUAAGGAGGAGCAAAGAGCAGAAAUGUUCCAAAUUUGUGUGUGUGAUUUGUGACUGCUCCCUCAUCUGCACUUGUGAUAUCGCAGCACAGAAGUGAAGGUGUCGAAGUAAAUUGUCAUAUCAUCAUGUGGGGUCGGACAUAUUAUCACCUGAGUAUUGGAGUAUAGUGUGUCUGUCAACACCCAUUUUCUGGAAACUGGAUUUGAAUGUAGGGAGCCACUACUGCAGUUUAAAA